GAAAUAGACAGACGGUUGGAAAAGAAGCUGAAGAUCACGCAGAAGGAAAGGAAGUCAAAAUCUCCUCCUAAAGUGCCGAUCGUGAUUCAGGACGACAGCCUUCCCGCAGGUCCUCCCCCGCAGAUCCGCAUCUUGAAGAGGCCGACGACCAACGGUGUGCUCAGCAAUCCCAACUCGGCCAGCAGACCGGCCUUCCCCGUCAAAUCCUUGGCGCAGAGGGAGGCGGAGUACGCGGAAGCCAGGAAACGAAUAUUGGGCAGCGCGAGCCCCGAAGAAGAGCAGGAGAAACCCAUUCUCGAUAGGCCGCCGAGGAUCUCCCAGCCCGAAGACACCCGACAGCCCAACAAU